AAACGGAGAACCAAACAGUCCGAAUUUCGAUAGAAACAAAGCCAACAAUUCUUUUGAUCUCAACAAACAAGCAGCCACGAAAGAUGGCAAUUCGAGUAUAAAACAAGAAGCAGUUCAUCAGUCCCUGAAUCUUGAGCACUUGCCCUUUCACGCACACACUCCUAGUGCUCACUCUCUCUCUCUCUCUCUGCGUGUUCUUUCUUCUUGUUGAACAAGCAGCCAUGGCCUCUAUUUCAGGAGCUUCGAUCUCCAUGACUUCUUUCUCAAGGUCCUCCAAGCUUACCUUCCUGACACCAAGCAAUGGUAUCUCAAGUCUGAGGUCGGUUUCACUUCCCAUUAGAGGAAGGAGCAUCCCCUCUCUUAGGUUGCAAAAGGGAGCAUCUCAUUUCCGCGUUUCCUGUGUGCAGGCUAAACCAGAGACGUUGGACAAAGUGUGUGAAAUUGUGAGGAAUCAGCUAGCACUAUCAGCUGACGCUGUUGUCAAUGCAGAUUCGAAAUUUGCUGUAUUGGGAGCCGAUUCUCUUGACACGGUUGAGAUCAUAAUGGGACUUGAGGAGCAAUUUGGAAUCAGCGUGGAAGAAGAAAGAGCCCAGAGUAUUAGAACUGUUCAAGAUGCUGCAGAUCUCAUUGAGGAUCUUCUUGAGAAAAAAUAGUACUUAAAAGUGGUAUAAAGACAUGGUAGUCCUAUAUUUUAAUGUCUUUUUUUGGGGGGGUGGGGGAGUGGGGCGGUUGCCGUUUUAGCGAACCGAAAAUAACCCACCAAGGGUUUUGUUGAAUUUCCUUUUUAUAUAAGUUAUGUGCCUCUCAGGUAGAACUUGCAAGUGAAGCCUGGAAUUGUUAUGUUAACAGUUAAAUAUAUUAUAAGCAUGUGAUUUUGCAAAA